AGCGCAGCGCUGGCGCCGCCCCCAUUUCUCCUCUCUUCCCAUCGCCAUCUCUCCCCCUUUCGCUCUCGCUCGGAGAUCGAAGAGAAGCGGAGGCUCCUGCCCUAGCGCUCGCCGCCUCACCAGCCAUGGCGAUGGCCGCUCGCCUCGUCUCGCGCUCCCGUCAGUUAUAUUCAGCUCAAGCGGCUUUUGUGAAUGGAGGUGCCACUCAAGCUCGUUCCUUCGCCAAGGUCACAGCUUCUGAUCGUCCUCCUGUCAAUGGGGAUGAUCUGCUGAAGGGCAUAUUCUUUGAGGUAAAGAAGAAGUUCGAGACAGCUCUUGGUGUCCUUAAAAAGGAAAAGAUCACUAUUGAUCCAGAUGACCCAGCAGCAGCUGCUCGUUAUGCUGAAGUUAUGAAGACUGUAAGGGAAAAGGCGGGUCUUUUUUCUGAUUCUCAAAGAAUUAAAUAUACUAUUGAGACAUUUACCAACGGCAUCCCUGAUGCACGGACUUACCUGAACACUCUUCAGGAGAUCAGAGUAAAGAGUGGCCUUAUAGAUCAUCUUGGUAUUGAGCCUUUGAUGAUGGAAGCUGUUGAGAAGAUCGAGAAGGACAUUAAGAAGCCACUUUUGAGGAAUGACAAGAAGAACAUGGCCACCCUCAUGGCAGAGUUUGACAAGAUUAACAAAAAGCUUGGCAUUCGGAAGGAGGACCUUCCCAAGAUUGAGGAAGAGCUUGAAUUGGAGAUUGCCAAAAGUGAGCUGACAGAACUUAAGAAGGAUUGCAUUGAAGCGAUGGAGACUCAACUAAAGAGGGAGGAGUUUAAAGAUGAGGAGAUGCCUGAUGUCAAGACGUUGGACAUCAGAAACUUCCUGUAGGCCUGAUCGAUGAUAAUUCUAGUGGCAUUUUGAAUUGCCCGGCCCACCCAUGAUUUUCUUUGGUUUUGGUUCCAAGUUGACCGGUGCUGUAAGCUACACCUCUGAAUGCUGCUGCUCCCUUUUUUGUAAUAAAAACUGCACCGUGGUACAAAGACAUCAACCGUUGUAUUGCUUCUUGCCUCUCCGCCGCUCUAGUGGCUACAUCUACAAUGAGAUGUCCUUGUGUGAUAGUACAUGAACUGAUUGUGAUAGAGGCAUUUAGGCAAUGAUACCUGUUGUUUAACCAUUAUUUUGAUCUGUUUAAUAUCUCUUUAGAGAUUGGUUGUC